CCGUUCAUCCUUUCAGCUUUUCUUUCACGCUGGCCGCGACUAAUUUUCCCGUCUGUAAGACGCAAAGACGGGUUUAUAUAUAACAGGGGCUUUACCCGAACGCGCAAGAGUCGCUAACUGUCGCCUUACCUCACAUCAUUACCAUCUUGUCAGCCAUGGACUCACGAACAGUAAAAUGUGUCUUCACAAUCGUCAUGAUGUUGGCCAUGCAAACUGGGGAUGGAGAAUGCCGGACUUUGAGGAGAAAACGAUUCGCCCCAAUUGUAACGUUCAUCGCCAAAUUUGCCGUCCAGGAAUUGAUGUCCUUUGGUAUUGAUGCUCUGAUAGAUCACGCCGAACAAGCCAGCACUACUGAGAAAUUGGAAACCAUUUUGCAGAUUCUCAAUUCGAUGAUAGAAACACAUGAAGAUUUCCUCAAGAAACUAAACGAACUGAAGGAACUGUCAACUAUACAGGAUGCAGAAGAGAUUGAACGAAGUCUACUUGUUAUUUUUGAACAUUUUGACACAUUCAUUAAGUCUUCUAAAGCGUGCUUGCAGGCAAAUACAACCAACAGCUGUACCCAAACCCUGGAGCACGAAAAAGAAACCCUGAAAAACGAUCUGAGGAGAAUACCAAGCUUGUUAACAGAACUACAUUUGGUAAUCAAGGGGUUCAGCGUAGUAUCUGCAGGACGAAACUCUGGCCUAGCAUGUGAUUUUGUUAGACACGUUCUCAGGGAAAUUCAAGCAGCCACAACACAAAACUACAAUCUUGCUCGAAGCCUGGUCGAUAUCAGCAAUUACAAGGACGAACUGAUGAAACUCCAGGUUAACUCCUAUCAGCUGUACAACCUUACCUGUACUUCAAACAACCCAACCUGUUCUGUAGUGAGGACAAAAUUGGAGGAUCAAUUACGACUUCAAAACGAAAGAUUUCAGAGUUGCACGCCUCAGUAUUUCUCACAGCUGCAGAACAUAAACAUCGUCCAUCCUAAAACCGGCACAGUUUUGUAUACCAAUCAGAAGAAUUCUAUUGUGAUCGAUGGUUCUUUUGAUUGGGACAAAAUCGCCAGACCACAAGAUGCAGGACUGCGAUGUCCAAAGGGAGAUUCUAGUGAGGUAUUCUCUUGGGAGGAUGCAUCGCCCGAUAGAAGAUCUGGCUUUUACCUGAGACAGAAGAGUGGAUGCUAUUUGAGUUUCGAUAGACCAUUUCUGAACUAUGAGAAAGUGUUUCCAACUUUGUGGGCAGACAAAGAUCGAAUAGACAGGAAAGAGUUCCUGAUCUGUAAACCCUCCAAACAGGAUGCAGUAACAUUUAUGAUAACUGCAGCUGAAGCAGACUCCGACACAACAUACAGCUUCAAAGAAGUAGAAACUGGAAAAUACUUGAACGUUCACGCUGAACAAACAAGUGUUAAUAAUGAGAUUGACAGGAGGCUGAACUUGGUACUCUUUCUCCACAAAGACCAGUUCUACUGGAAACAGGCACUGAGUGGAUCAAAUAAUAGAACAUGCGAUGAAGCAUCAACUGUUGCAGCAACAGACACACCUGAUGGAAACUACCUCGGACUAAUCAUCGGAAUACCCGUGGGGGUGGUUGCCCUAAUCAUUAUAGCCGUGUGUUGCUGGUGUUGCUGUCGCAAGUGAUCGACUCCCAAACCCAACAAUUUAGAAAAAAUUAUGUCCAUCUACGGGAUUUAGUUUUCAAUACUUUGAAAAAUGCAUUGUGAAAUACAAACAUUAGAUAUUUUAACUUUGAUCCUUAAGUUUUGAAAAGGUAGGUAGGGUAAAUGUUGAUACUGUAUAGCCCUGAAACAAGAAGGACUGUCGACGUUUCUUGUGGAAGAUAUUAGGUUUUAGUCGACCAGCUACUUUUUGUUGCUGAAAUUUAUGUCUGUUGGCUUUGGGGUAUGAGUAAAGCUGUCUGUCUUUUUAUGUUUUCCGUCUCUUGCGCGUCCAGAAUGUUCAUUCAACGUUAAAUAAUCAAAAUGGUUUUGAAUCUCUUUUUACCCCCAAAGGGUAUACCCUGAUGUGUUAUUAAAAGAUACUUUCACUCUUUCACAUACGUAAGAAGCAAACAGGUCAGUUUGAUGUUUCUACAUCUGCUGAAGCAAAGCGACUUGAUCUGCAUCACUAUUACCACGCGAUCGAAAUUUUAUAAUUUCAACAUGUUACGCAAUUAAAACGUGUUUUCGCCCGCUCGCUCCCUUGUUGUUUGAGAUUAGAGAUAAGGAACGCAGGGACAAGUAUGAAUGGGCUGAUGUUGUGGAUCCAUAGUUGCACCCACUGUGUCACAAUCUGACUGAUCACCGUAAAACUGUCCUUUGUGGGAACAGGAUACACUAGCACAUGCGUAUAUUCAGAGUAGGUCACACUGUUGAAAUUUGAACAGCUUCUUCUAUAUCCUUUUUGUCCCUGGAUACUAAACAUGAUUGUUCAGCCUUACAUACGUCGCUAUUGGUUUUCUAAGCCCUAUUUAAGCUCACUGACCUUUGUCAUGUGUCUUCACGAUCCAAUACCCCAGAUACUUCCAAAUAUAACUCUAAAACAUAUUCACAUAGCUCUCUAGGGUUUUGUUGUUAUUGUUCAGUUAGUUUACAGUAGUCGAUACAAUGGAAAUUUUUGCCAAUUUGUAGUGAUUGUAAAGCAAAUGUUUAUGCUUGCGAUCUUUGCUUUCAUAACGUUUGUACAUGUACAUAAUAUCUAAAGCUAUGAUUUUAAGUGUAUAUAUGCUGUAUAUAUCAAUUAAGUCAACAUACAGGAGAAGAGAAAUAUAGGUUAAGUCACCAUACAGGAGGUCUUUGCUUUCAUUACGUUUGUACAUGUACAUAAUAUCUAAAACUAUGAUUGUAAGUGUAUAUAUGUUGGACAUAUCAAUUAAGUCAACAUAGGUUAAGUCAACGUAGAGUAGAUCCUUGCUUUCAUAACGUUUGUACAUGUAGAUAAUACCUAAAGCGAUGAUUUUAAGUGUAUAUAUGUUGUACA